GGAGGCGAGACGGAGUCGGGGGAACCGCUGCGGGAACGCGGCGCGGCUGACGAGAAUUGGAGGGUAAUCCUGUAUAUUAAUGUUUUACCAAUAAUGGCAGAGCAUCCACCUCUCUUGGACACAACUCAGAUUUUAAGUAGCGAUAUUCCUCUUCUACCAGCACCUAUUGUAAGUGGGGAUGGAGCACAACAGCUGUCCCUUUUCACAAAUGUUAUCCUGGUGCAAGUUAAUCCAGGGGAAGCAUUUACAAUAAGAAGAGAAGAUGGACAAUUUCAAUGCAUUACAGGUCCUGCUCAGGUUCCAAUGAUGUCCCCAAAUGGUUCAGUGCCUCCUAUUUAUGUGCCUCCUGGAUAUGCCCCACAGGUUAUUGAAGACAAUGGUGUUCGAAGGGUGGUUGUGGUUCCCCAGGCACCAGAGUUUCAUCCUGGUGGUCAUGCAGUGAUACACAGACCACCCCAUCCUCCUCUUCCUGGCUUCAUUCCUCUUCCAGCUAUGAUGCCUCCUCCACCACGUCAUAUAUACUCACCAGUAUCAGGAACUGGAGAUAUGGCAACACAGUAUAUACCACAGUAUCAUCCUUCCCAGGUAUAUGGAGAUCUAGAUUCACUUUCUACACAUGGUAGAUCUAACUUUAGAGACGAAAGAUCUAGUAAAACUUAUGAGCGUUUACAGAAGAAAUUAAAAGAUCGACAGGGAUCACAAAAAGAUAAAUUGAGUAGCCCACCAUCAUCACCUCACAAAUGUCCUUCUCCCACAAAUGAACAUAAUGGACUUAUAAAAGGACAUAAUGUGAGUGGCUUAAACACAGGAUCAGCAAAGAAUAAAGCGGGAAAAGGGAAAGUUGUCUCACAAAUGGACACAGAAAUAGAAGAAAAGGAUGAAGAAACAAAAGCACUUGAAGCACUUCUUUCUAGCAUUACCAAACCAGUGGUAUCCGACAUCCAAGCAAGAACAGUAAUACUUACAUGGUCACCUCCUUCCAGCAGCAUUAAUGGGGAAACUGAGGAAAAUAAUGUUCCAGAGCUAUAUGGUUAUGAAAUUCUGGUUUCAAAUACUGGAAAGGAGGGAAAAUACAAAAGUGUUUAUGCUGGAGAAGAAACAAGUGUCACUGUAAAGGACCUCAAGCCAGCAACAGAUUAUCAUGCAAAAAUACAAGCAGAGUGUCAUUCCAUAAAGGGAAACCCUUCAGAAGCUGAAAGUUUUACCACUCUGAGCUGUGAACCAGAUAUACCCAAUCCACCAAGAAUUGCCAACCGAACCAAAAACUCACUCACAUUGCAAUGGAAGGCACCUUGUGACAAUGGUUCUAAAAUCCAAAAUUACCUUUUAGAAUGGGAUGAGGGGAAAGGAAAUGGAGAAUUUUGCCAGUGUUACUUUGGCCAACAGAAGCAAUUUAGGAUUACUAAAUUAUCACCAGCAAUGGGUUGCAAAUUUAGACUAGCAGCCAAAAAUGACAAGGGUACAAGUGGCUUUAGUGAAGAAGUCUUAUAUCACACAUCAGGCAGUGCACCUUCCAUGCCAGCAAGUCCCACACUUGUUAAAGCUGGAGUUACUUGGUUGUCCUUACAGUGGAGUAAGCCCUCAGGAACACCAUCAGAUGAAGGAAUCUCAUAUAUUUUAGAGAUGGAAGAAGAGACAUCAGGAUAUGGUUUCAAGCCUAAAUAUGAUGGAGAGGAUCUUGCCUACACAGUGAAAAAUCUUAGACGCAGUACAAAGUACAAGUUUAAGGUUAUUGCUUAUAAUUCAGAAGGUAAAAGCAAUCCCAGUGAGAUAGUAGAAUUUACUACUUGCCCAGAUAAACCUGGAGUACCUUUAAAGCCUUCAGUUAAAGGAAAGAUCCAUUCACAGAAUUUUAAAAUAACUUGGGAUCCACCAAAAGACAACGGAGGAGCAUCUAUAAAUAAGUAUGUUGUAGAAAUGUCAGAAGGCUCAAAUGGAAACAAAUGGGAUGUGAUAUACAGUGGCACUGCUCGGGAACAUCUCUGUGAUCGCCUGACUCCUGGCUGCUUCUAUCGCCUUCGUGUAUAUUGUGUUAGUGAUGGAGGACAGAGUCCGGUAUCUGAACCACUCCUGGUACAGACUCCUGCUGUGCUUCCUGGUCCAUGCUUCCCUCCCAGAUUACAGGGUAGACCCAAAGCAAAAGAAAUCCAACUACGAUGGGGACCACCUCAGGUUGAUGGCGGAGCACCUAUUAUCUCUUAUAGUGUGGAAAUGUCUCCUACAGAAACAGAUGAACCCAGAGAAAUUUACCAGGGUUCUGAAGUAGAAUGCACAGUGAGCAACCUUCUUCCUGGAAAGACAUAUAAUUUUAGACUACGUGCAGCUAACAAAAUUGGGUUUGGACAAUUUUCAGAAAAAUGUGAAAUAACUACAGCACCAGGACCACCAGAUCAGUGCAAACCCCCUCAAGUGACAUGUAGAUCUGCAACCUGUGCACAAGUGUAUUGGGAGGUUCCAGUUAGUAAUGGAGCAGAUGUCACUGAAUAUCGUUUGGAAUGGGGAGGAGUUGAAGGAUGUAUGCAAAUAUGUUACUGUGGACCUGGUCUCAGUUAUGAAUUAAAAGGACUUUUACCAGCAACCAUGUAUUAUUGCAGGGUUCAGGCUGUGAGUGUUGCAGGACCAGGCCCUUUCAGUGAAGUAGUAGUAUGUAUGACUCCAGCAUCGGUACCUGCAGUCGUGGCUUGUCUUCAAGAAAUAAGUGAAGAUGAAGUUGAAAGUCCAGAUUAUUCACCUUCUACAUGCCUUGCAAUAAAAUGGGAAAAACCUUGUGACCAUGGUUCAGAAAUCCUAUCCUAUAGCAUUGACUUUGGAGAGAAACAGCCUGUGACAGUGGGAAGGAUUUCAAGCUAUGUUAUAGACAAUUUGCAACCAGAUACAACAUACAGAAUACGAAUUCAAGCCUUGAAUAGCCUUGGAGCUGGUCCUUUCAGCCAUACAAUAAAAUUAAAAACUAAGCCCCUCCCUCCUGACCCUCCUCGUCUGGAAUGUGCAGCCUACAAUCACCAGAACCUCAAGCUAAAGUGGGGGGAAGGAGCCACAAAGACAUUACCUACAGAUUCCAUUCAGUACCACCUUCUCAUGGAAGAUAAGAAUGGAAGGUUUAUAUCCUUGUACAGAGGACCAUGUCAUACAUAUAAAGUACAAAGACUCAGUGAGUCAACAUCCUAUAAAUUCUGUAUUCAAGCUUGCAAUGAAGCUGGGGAAGGUCCCCUUUCUCAGAAAUACACUUUCACUACUCCAAAAUCUGUGCCAGCAGCCUUGAAAGCCCCAAGAAUAGACAAAAUAAAUGAUCACACCUGUGAAAUCACAUGGGAGGUUUUACAGCCAAUGAAAGGUGACCCAAUUAUUUACAGUCUUCAAGUUAUGGUGGGAAAAGACUCGGACUUCAAACAGAUUUACAAAGGUUCUGACUGGUACUUCCGGUAUUCGGGCCUUCAGCAGAACUGUGAAUAUCGUUUUCGUGUGUGUGCCAUUCGACAGUGCCAAGACACUGUAGGCCAUCAGGACUUGGUAGGCCCCUACAGUGCCACCGUAAUAUUCAUCUCCCAGAGGACUGAACCUCCAACCAGCACCAACAAAGACACUGCGGAAACCACAAGGCCACAAAGGACGAUGACUGAUGAGCAGUGUGCUGCAGUCAUCCUUGUGAUCUUUGCUUUUUUCUCCAUUCUGAUUGCCUUUAUCAUUCAGUACUUUGUAAUCAAGUGAAAAUGUAGCUUUCUGUUAGAAUGCUUCCAUUUUGUUUAUUUUGUCAUGUUCCACAAAUAUUUCUAUUUUGCUUUUACAAAAGCAGUGGCAUUUAGCACUGGCAUUGGGACUGUAGCAUACACCAUUUUUGCCACUUAAAAUGCUUAUAUUGUUAGAUAGAGGCUGGCACUUUAUUAGAAUGCAAGCCACAGAAAUAUCAAGUAUUUUUUGAACAUGCCUUCUUAUACUACAAACUUUAUACAAGGCAAAAAUAUAAUUGAGAUUUUGACCAGUCAGCAUGAGUGUAACAGUGAUACAUCUGUUCCUACUUCAAAAGAUAACCAUGUGGAACAUUCAGAAUGAAUCAAAAUAUUUAAAAGUUACACUGACACAUGCUGCAUAAAAUAUUAGUUUGAUGCUGUGAAAGCAAUCUCGCGCUGUAUUUCUACCUCCUCAUUUGUCUUAAUUAUUUGGGAAGUGGGAUUAUGAUGAAUAAUUGAGGGGACUUUCUCAGGCAGCAAACAAUAAACUGGAUGGAUAAAUAUUUGUGAAAGGAGGAAGCUUCUGAUUUGAUAAAUGUGGAGUUCUUUACUGCAAAUCGAUAUUUAUACAACUUAAA